AAUGCUUUGGUCCUGAACUUGUCAGCCACUCCUACGGCAGCGAUUGCCUCCGUCUACCUGUUCCUAUUGGUUCCUUUCUGCGUGCAAGCAAUACUCGUACUCCGAGUGCUCGCCGCGUAUCCCCCGAAAUCCUUGCCGCCCAGUCGUCGACUAGUCAUAUACGGCCCGAUCAUCAUAUUCAAGCUGGCUCGGAUUGCGAACUUGAUAUACAUGGCGGUCCGCCUCGAGCAACUGAUUCAGGCUGGAGGCGGACUGAGUAGCAAUUCAGUGUUUACCGUGUCGCAAGCUGUGUGGACUCUGCCGAGUGCGAAGGCCGAAUGGUUCUUGCAGCUCUUCGACGACAUGUACGGGGUCUUUACUUCUAAGGGGGUAUCGGUGUCUGAUGUUAAUCAAUUCGACAGGUAUGCGUCGACGCUCUUCAUCCUACGUCUCCGUCAAGGGACGGGGAUGCUUGGUAGACAGCCCACCGUCGAGAGACUGCACACUACCUCGGCGAAGAGUACGUCUGUCCUUCCUCGAUUCUGA